CGCCUCCUCUUGAAGCUAGAGCGGCCGAGCAACCAUGGCGGCGUCGGCAGGGGCGGCCUCGGGCUCCGUGUGGUGUUGCCUGCGCUGGGCUUGGUGCGGAGAAGGCAGCUCCGGGCACAUCCCUCUCAAGGAGAUGCCGUCGGUGCUUCUGGACACGCAACAGAUGGGAACAGAUGUUGUCGUUGUAAAAAAUGGACGACGAGUAUGUGGUACGGGGGGUUGCUUAGCUAAUGCUCCUUUGCAUCAGAACAAGAGCUAUUUUGAGUUUAAAAUCCAGUCUACAGGAAUCUGGGGUGUUGGAGUUGCAACUCAGAAAGUCAACUUGAACCAAAUUCCUCUUGGGAGUGAUGUAAAUAGUUUAGUUUUGAGAAAUGAUGGAACUUUUUACUACAACAAUGAAGAAAAGAACAGAUUGCCAGCAAAUAGUCUGCCACAGGAGGGUGAUGUUGUAGGAAUUACAUAUGACCAUGUAGAACUAAACGUUUACUUAAAUGGAAAAAAUAUGCACUGUCCAGCCUCAGGAAUCAGAGGAACAGUCUUCCCUGCAGUCUAUGUUGACGAUAGUGCCAUUUUGGAUUGUCAGUUCAGUGACUUCUGUCAUGCUCCUCCUGCAGGUUUUGAAAAGAUACUCUUUGAACAGCAGAUUUUCUGAAGGUUCCUACUGCAGAUUUAUUAACUAGCACUUUUUACAAACCAUUCUUUCAAACUUCACAUUAUUCCCAGAAUACUAACAUUGUAUGAUCAGUCUAUUUAAUGUUUGGGGAAAUAUCAGUUUAUCUGGAAACUAUGUUGCUGGUUUAGAUUUAUCUACUGUUUGUGAUAUGAUAUUUGUAUUUGAUGUAAAGGGAUACAGCUGACAGUAUUUAGUGACCAUGGACUCUUAAGAAUGCUGUAUAAUAUGCUACAUAGUGAAAUUGUUUUGUAAAAGUUGUCAUAUUUCCAUAAAACAGCAGAGCCUAAUAGUUAUUCAACAAUGUUUCUCUAGUAUAUGUAAUAAUUAGAGAAAAUAAUUUUGAGGAUAACAACAAACAAUGAAAUAAUUGAUACCUGUUAUUCUUUUUAAGUACUGAGGUUCGAACAUUUAUUUCUGAGCAUUUGUAUUAAAAUUAGAAUAAAUUUCUGCCUCUUAAAAACCAGGCUGCUAAUAUCUAUCAUACAAAAGUUAUCAAUGGAACAAACAGUAGUUUUAAAUAGCCUGUUGCUUGUUGUGAUAAAGCUUUAUUUUUUUAAUUAUUGCAUUUUUGAAGUUCUCCAAAAAUAUAAAAUGUACAAACUACUCGUUUGUUUUUAUGGUUAUUUUAAAUUGCUUUUCUUGUGCACUGAGAUAUACAGCAUUCAUGUACAUCCAGAACGAUGAAACCUGCUGUAAGGAAAUUGCUAUAUCAGAAUUAUAAGCUUUUGUCUGUCCUUGUAUUUUGUUUUGGGAGGUAGGGAGUGGAAAUAACUUUCUGAGAUUCUGUUGUUACAUUUCGUAUAUUUAACUAUACCAUGGCAAAUAAGUGAAAAAGUCAUUUGCUCUAUUUUGUUAUAUAGGCUUUAUAGUCUUAAAGAGAUUUAAAGAAUGUGCAUUCUUCAUAAUAUACUGUUAGAAAAACUUCCCUAUUAAUUUUAUUAUUCCUCAGGGAGGUGUCCUUUUUCAGCCUAGGAAAUCUGUCAAUAUCAAAGUUUUUACGAACUACUCUUCACAUUCUCUGAAUGUAGGUUUUCAAAAUAAAUUGUUGCUUGUGUACUCUAAUAAAAUCAGCUUAAAAAGUC